CGGAAAAUAUUUCAACAAGGGAAACAUUUCAACGAUUCACCGUCAUCAUGGCGUUCGCUGACAGAAAACCUCACGCUUAAACCAAAGUCAUUUCCAUUAAGCUUCUUCGUAACAAGGGUAGACCAAUCAUGGAUUCUGCAAUGCAAGUUGUGUUACAGCAGUGUGGGAAAUACAUCCAGUUGUAUUCUACGUGUGUAGAGAAUUAUCCAGAAACUUGGCACAUCGACUGUGAACUGUCCCGAAUGAAGCUUGCUAAAUGUGCUGAAUCAAACCCAAUUGUUACAAGAGUGAAGGAACAAUGCACUGAAAAAUACGAGGAAUACGAAAAGUGUCUAGUUUCAAACCCUAUCCACGUGCAGAAGUGUUCUGCGCAGUUGGAGAGAUUUAAUGAAUGCGCCAACAGAGUGGCAUCUGAAGCGCAAGAAACCAGUUCUUCCUGACACAGAUCUCAAAUGUAGACCAUCUUAACUAAAUGUAGUUAUUUUUGUAGGUUUGUAUGGCUGUGUUAAGUGUCCCCUUUGCGUGUGUGUGUGUUGUGCAGGCGUGUGGCUUAGCAGUUACGUCAUUUGGCUCACAAUCAUAAGGUUGUGAGUUCGAUUCUUGGCCGUACAUUGUGUCCUUGAGCAAGACUUUUUAUUCCAUUUUGCUCCAGUCCACUCAGCUGGCAAAAGUGAGUUGUAUGUGUAAUUCAU